GGAAUGCGCUGAUAUGGUGUCACUGGCGCGCAUUGUACGGGCCCCUUUCAGUUCUCAGUUCUCAGCUCUCAGCUCUGCAAUCUGCAAUGGAGAACGAACCGUAGAACAGGAUCGGUGCGCCCGGUUCAUAAUGCGACAGUAAAAAAAUGGGGUCGCCAAUACCAACGGGACGGGCUACACAUCCCAUCAACCUACGCGCGGGACUUCUUGUCAUCGAAUCUUAUUCGUACUUCCAGUCAAGUCACUCUGGGUUCCUCGCAAUCACAACCUGUCGGAAGUUCCAUUAGACUUCAGGGGUGGUUCACAGGCAAGCGAGCGAGUCGACCGUGCACCCCCAAACCGGAGUCACCUACGACCUAUAAAAGCCCACGGAUAACUCUUUCAAACUCCAGCUUCUGCAUCUCCACCAGUUUCUUCAACAACCACUCUCCUUCACAAUGUUCUCUCGUACUUUUGCCGCCACCGUAGUGAUGAUCGCUACUCUCACCACCUCGGUCAUGUCUGCUCCUGCAACUGCCACCAGCGGCCAGUGCAGUACCGGCUCCAUGCAAUGUUGCGAAAAUGUUAAGCCUUCGAACGCCGCGGGCGUCCCCGAUAUGCUUGCAAAAGCCGGGGCCGUUGUCCAAGGUGUCAUGCCCAACGUUGGUAUGACCUGCUCGCCCAUGACAGUCAUUGGAUUAGGUUCCACCAGCUGCAACAAUCAGGCCGUUUGCUGUGAGAACAACAGCUUUAACGGUGUCGUCGCCCUUGGUUGUACUCCUAUCAAUGUGGUCCUCUGAUCGCUGGCUCUAUACCGCAUACCUAAAAAGUUUUAGUUUCUAAUUGUUUUACGUUGUUUUCUUAAAAGUGUUUUUGGCCAAUCACACGUCCUUCUUUUCUUUGUCGGUCCGAACAUUUCACUAUCUGUGC